AUGGCCCAGACUAUCCGAGAACUGGAACGAUUGGUCGAAGAGGCUGUCAAGCUCGCUGAAAGCGCAGGAUCUGUUCAAAAUGACGACCAUGUGCCGGCACAACGGGACGGAAAUCUUCACGGCCCAUCACGGCGGCAGUCGCUAGGUCUCGCAAAAAAGAUCAGCACAUACCUGGAAGAAGUCACUUUGAAGACGAGCGACGUUGCGGCCUCCCCCAAAGAUGGCCAGUCCCCCAGGUCGCAAGCAACUGACAAAGAGACUGAAGACGCCAUCAUUCGCUGCCGAGGGGCAUGCAGUACCGCUGACUUGAAAGUUAUCCCUCCAGAGCCAGUCGCCGAUUCUCUGGAGGAGAGGAAGAAAAAGUUGUCCAGGGAUAGAGGAUCAACAGCAUUGCCUUCACACUCUAAAACCAAACCAGCUCAUUUCCUAGCCCCUCCUCAAAUUGGCCCUCGCAUCGCAUCUGCCAAAGGCUUCUCAGAAAGCAGAUCUUCCGCUUCAAGAACAACGCCUACCAUGACGCUGAAUGGUGGGGACCAGGCGGUCCAUUUUGACGAAGACAAGACACCGUUGUUGGGUAGCCCUCGGCCAGGCCACGAGAGGCAUUUCAGCCAGGUGUUUGGAAUCCCUUCCCGGCAUGUGAGCAUCAACCUAGCCCAUCCGCCGCCCUGUCCCUUCUACACGGUCGACCUCAAUGGCGUACAGCACAUCGACCUCCCAGAGCGAGCUCAGGAUUUGGACGUCCAUGCCACUUGUCACCACGCACCCGUGGCACGCAACUGGCCAACAUCUCGAAAGCGAUUCGCUGCAACCGUGAGCUGCAUCAACGUUGCCUGUCUUGGUUUACUUCUCGGCAUAUAUGCAGGAGAAGUUCCAGCAAUCCAGUACGUUAUCGUCGACUUCGACCGUCAGAUCAUUCUGGGCAAUCUUUUCCUCUAUCUUGGACUUUCCAUUCCGGCUUUGGUGUUGUGGCCUCUCCCCCUCUUGCACGGACGGAAACCCUACACCCUUGCAUCACUCACAUUGGCGUUAUGUUUGCAAAUCCCCCAGGGGCUGAUGGUCACAACAUUCAGAUCGCCGGAUCUCACGAGAUACCGAAUCAUUCUGCUCCUGUCUCGUGGCUUGUCAGGCUUUGUUCUUGGGUUUGCUGACAUCAAUAACCUCGCCACACUAUUGGAUGUCUUCGGUGCAUCGCUACAGAGUAACGAAUCACAUGAAAUUCCUGAUGCAUACGAUGUCCGCCGGCAUGGAGGUGGAAUGGGAUUUUGGCUAGCAAUCUGGUCAUGGUGCUCUGUUGGCUCGAUCAGCAUUGGAUUCCUAAUUGGAACCCUUAUCAUAAGCAACACUUCAGUGGACUGGGGCUUUUGGAUUUCGUUGCUUCUGCUGUUGGCCGUCAUCCUACUCAACCUCAUCGCGCCGGAAGUGCGUCGAUCAGCGUUCCGGCGAACAAUUGCAGAGAUCAUCGGCGAGGCUGGGAGCUUCAGCAGGGUUGCCCGUGGGGAAGUCAAGCUGCAUCUCACUGGGAAUGGGCCGUACUGGUGGGGUGAAGAAGUCAUGGCAGCUCUCCGGCUGAGUUGGCGGAUGGCCAAGCAACCAGGCUUGCUGGUCCUGUCCAUCUAUGCCGCCUGGGUGUAUGCGCAAUUUACCAUGGUAUUGAUGUUGCUCGGAGCUUUGGCCUCCACUGAUUAUCUCUACCGGCCUGACGAGGUUGGACUAUGCGUUCUUUCCCUGGCCUUCGGAUCAGCUUUGGCAAUACCUUUUCAGAAAGCAUCUUGGCUGAGUCGUGCUCGGUAUCAUCCCCCUCGUACAGACAGCAUGACCUUUCAGAAGGCGAUGGUGUGGCGGUCACAUACGGUUCGCCGGAUAUUCUUCACAGUCUUUCUCCCGCUGGUAGCUAUCGGGUUCGCCUUAUCAUCAAGAAAGCCACCCUUCCCUAUCGCCGUGCCGUGCGUGUUUGCCGCUUUUGUGGGGUUUGGCUCGAACUUGGCCAUUGCAGAGUGUUAUGCUCAAAUGAUGCUAGCCUUCGACACGUCGGACUUGCAACCUGGAAUGACUGGACGCCCCGUGCGAAAACCAGUGGUCGGACGAACACGUCAACUGCGCACAAAUUUCUCCUGUUAUCCUCGAGUUAGUGCAGGUAUGGCCGUAACUCAGUUUCUAAAGUUCAUCUUCGGCGCCGUCGCCACUGGCAUUGGGGGUCGAGUGGAGAGAAAGUAUGGCGGUAUGCAGGCAGCUGGCAUCGUCGCCGGUGUCCUUAUGGCACUAACUCUCCUUCUCACUGUGGUCCUCUUCAGACGGAAGAGUGUCCAGAUGAUCCCAGAUCGACAGGAUGGUGGAGAAGGAGAGGGGGAAGAAUGGGAGCCUGUGAUUUUGGGUGACCCAAGUGGGCGGACACGCAAGAUCAAUAUCCUGGAGGCCGGCGAAUACACUCGAUGGUCAGUGAUUCGACAGCGAAACCGGUUGACCAGUCGACGUGCCGGCGCGUGA